UAUAGUCACGUGCUCUAUGGUAAAACACAAAGACGGUGUAUUUGUUGCAGCUGGACCCUGUUUGGUAGAUUUUGAGACCUAUACAAUUCAGGUAGCGUGUCUAAAGAUGGCGCAAUCUGAGAGGAUGUUCAGAGACUUGUUAUGCGAGAGCCGGUCUCAUCCUGUGGAGUCUACAGACCCCAACACUGCACGCACUAUCGACGACCUCAAGCGUCAGUUGAAAGAAGCCAAGGCUGAACUAGAAGGGGAGCGAACUAAGGCUCGGUUGCUUGUGUCUCAGUGUGAUAAGGAUGUUCGAAGGAUCAAAGAUGAGGCGGAUAAGAAACUAAGUGCUUCACUGGAGGCGUUGUCUAUUCGUAAAGAGCAAGAACGGAGUGGUGAUGUACGUCGUGUAGAGGAGAGGCUGCGGAGAGAAUGGGAGGCGGACCUUCGAGCAUUGGAGGUUAAAAAGAACGAGGAGUUGAGUAGAGCCCAGCGCAAAUGGGGACAAAAUCGUGAUGAGGAGAUUCGCCGUGCUGUGCGUGAGGAGAGAGAGAAGUGCUUUAAAGAAGUAGGCGGAGUCUCAGAGGAGGCGUGGCAGAAGGAGGACAAACUAACGAGGGAGUUGUUUCAGCUGAGUCAGCAGAACUCGACACUAGAUGAUCAAGUGUAUCGUCUUAGUCGUGAGAAUAAGUCUCAGAUUGAGCAGAUGAGGAGAAUGAAACACGAGCACGAGUUAGAAAUAGCAGAUAUCCUGAGACAGCAUCAGACAGAGGCUUCAAGGGACUUUGCCCAGCUGCGACUAGCUGAGCAGAUCCUUGCUGAGCGUGAGCAAGACCUUCACCUGGUGGAGGGCAGGGCAGAGAGGGAGAGGCUGGAGAGAGAGGCCAUGCUGGAGGAAAUGACAGCCAUUAAGAGUGUUCUCAAUACUUCCACUUUGGACAGAACUGAAAGCCCACAGAGCUCCAGGCGUAGUGUUGGUGGAGUUGUACAAAGACGACUAGAAGAUUUAGAUGCCACUCUCAAAAGGCUGGAAGAAGACAAGUCCAAUCUUAAACAGGAAAAUGCAUCCCUGCGUAAGAAGAUAUUGAUGGAUAGCCCUGCUGGAGAUGGGAAGGGGGCAGCAAAGGACGAGGAGAGGACACGAAAGCUCCGCAAACGCAACGCUGAGUUGAUGAGCCUUGUGAAAACUUUGGAGGAGAAAUGUAAAUCUCUUAAAUCUGACUACGAUCACAUGAAGAGUGGGCCCAGUGAUAGUGAAGCUGCUGUGAGGAGGGCUCUGAGUAGACACCACGCCAAAGACAUCAGUGAGUACACGAAACAGAUCCAUGGCAAGGAAAGAGAGAUAUCUGAACUAAAGAGGCGGCUGGCCAAGUUGGAGGUCAACUCUAAACCACCCUCUGAGUCAACAUCUGAGCUAGAGAAGAAGAUCAAGAUCAUGGCAAUGGACAGGCUUAAAAUGGAGAAGGUGGUGACAAAACUUUGCUCUCAACUCCCUGGAGAGGACGACCUGACUGUACUGUCCCAGUCUGAGCUAGCCUGUGAGGCCUCGGCAGUGGAGGCAUUGGAUCUGGAGAACCAAUCACUCAAGAGGCAGCUGUCUCAACUACAAGAGGAGGGGAGCAGCAACGAAGAGGGGUCAAAGGUCAGUCAGCUACAGGCUGAAGUGGACAGACUGUCUAAAUUUGACUUGCAAGUCAUCUCUCUACAAGAAUCACUUGAUCAUACCAACUCUCUGAACUCUGAACUGGAGCAACGCUGUCACUCGCUAACUAGGAAGUUACAAGUGUCUGAGCUGGCGGUGACAGAGUUACAAGGUAACGCUGAUCAUGUGACCUCGUUGGAGGGGGAGGUGGAGCGUCUGUCUACGAGUGUACAAGAACAAGAGGGCAAGGUUCAAACACUACAAGUGGAGGCUGCUCAAGCUAAGAGUGAGCAAGCACAGCACCUACUGACACUACAGUCUCAGCUGGAUGAUCGUGAUCAGCUACUCAAGCAGCAACAAUUGCUGUGUCAGCAAUUACAAGAUCGUCUCAACCAAGCCCCUGCUUCAUCAGAGGUCGGAGUUCAAACUGCAUCCAGUGAUCAAAAGAAGGCUAUCGUUACAAGUCAUGUGAUGUCCAGCCCUCCUCUCCUAUUGGCUGGCUCUUCUACACCACUUAAAGUUGACCUCUUGAACUCUAGUUUGGAGCGUGAAAUGAAGGCAGUGGGUGUAGAGGUCGCUGACCCCUAUGAUAGCAGCGAAACUAAUCUCAGUAUCGGCUCAGUGGAGAGUAUAAAGAACGACAAGAGUGACGACGCUGUGAGUAUAGCAUCGUCUAUACCGGAGCAAUCACUGGAGGAGACACCAAAGAAAGAAGAGAGGACGUACGUAGAGGAAGAAGAUGGAGUGGCAUCAUUAGAACCUGUGCUCUUUAUCGCUAAGUUCAACUACAACCCAGCGGAGAACAGUCCUAACCUUGCUUACAGCCUGGAGCUACCCCUCACAGCCGGGGACUAUGUGUACGUGUAUGGAGAGAUGGAUGGGGAUGGCUUCUAUCAUGGCAAGCUGCUCUCUGGAGUCACUGGACUAGUGCCCUCCAACUUUGUAGAGCCUGUCACGGACGAUGGAACCCCGCCCACUCGCCACCCAGCACCACACAGAGGAUCAACUAACCUCCAGGACAUACAGGAAGUGGACGAGGACAUAUCAUCUGCUGACUCAGCAGAUGAGUUGAUAGCUCCAACAGAUCUUGAGGUAGAGCGACAGUUUGUGGAUGGUGGAGGGACCAGUGUGGCAGUGAGGUGGUCCCCUCCCCCCUGUACUGUGACUGGCUACACCCUCUAUCUCAAUGGAGAGCUCAGAGGGACAGUGGAGGGGCCAGAGGAGACCUCCCUACUACUUAGUGAUGUCCCUCUCAAUCAGCUGGUGAGGAUCACUGUGAGGAGUGUGUGUGAUGAGGGGGAAUCACCUGAUAAUGCCACACCCAUCAUCCUCAACCCUCAGUAUCCUGAUCCCCCUGGCAACGUGUUGGUUACCAUGCUAGACACACCUACCUCUCUCCUCGUCAACUUCUCUCCACACCCUCACACCAUCACACCAAUCACAUCCUACACUCUCUAUUUGAACACCCACGCAGUCACUCAACUGGAGACAACAGAGUCUACUGCUUGUCAGCAAUCUCUCUCUGUGUUGGUACUGCCUCGAGAUGUGCUCCAUCUUCAAUCAGAGCUCACUAGUACCUCCACUGUACAACUGACCGUUACCGCUAGCAACGAGGAUUACGAAUCCCUACCCUCCGCUAUAGUGGGUGUGGCCUCGAAGCUUAUAGCCCACCUCCUGUUGUCGGAUGAUAGCCAAGAGUCUGAGGGGUCAGAGUACGAUACAGCUAAGAGAGAAGAGGAUCUUCAGUUGAGACAAUCUACGCAUAUGGAGUCAAAUGGAGACAGUACUCACGUUUCCAACGGCAACGGAGAGGCUAAGUCCGAUAAAGUUCAAUAUUAUCGUGCUCUGUACUCAUACGACCCUACUCAUCAGUCUCCUAACAUUGAGCUAGCUGAAGAAGAGUUAUGCUUUAAUGAGGGGGAUGUCAUAGUGCGUGUGGGUGGAGAGGAUGUGGAUGGUUUCUUUGAUGGUCGUUCCCUCCUGGGAGGAACUGGACUAGUACCUAGCAAUAUGGUGGAGGAGAUACUGGACAUUGAAGAACUUGCUCGCCUUGAGCAAACCAUGGAUGCUGUCCAUAGCAACGGUUGUUCUGAGACUCUGCCCCCUGACGACAGCCCUCGGGUAUUGAGGGCAGUACAUGACUACGAUCCUAACAUGGAUUCUCCUAAUGAUAACUCUGAUGUGGAGUUGACCUUCAGUGAGGGUGACCUGAUCAAGGUGUAUGGCCGACCAGACUCCGAUGGUUUCUAUCAGGGAGAGCUGGGUGAUAAGAAAGGGCUGGUACCUAAGAACUUUGUGGAGGAUCCCUCAUCAUCUGACGAGGGAACAGACAAGAAGAUGACAAAGCUCAUCUUAUCAAACAAUACAGAAGAACACUUUUCAAACUUAAAACAUUCCGAUUAGCAAUAUUUUAGGGGUUGAUUUACGAGUGCCGCGUGUAUUGAUUGUGAUGUGUUUCUAUUUAACCGAAUUUUUAUGACAAUUAUCAUUUUACACAUG